CGCUCCUGGACUCGAGAGCAGCCAAAAACACCAAGAAGACAAUAAAAAAGAUACCCCUGAAGUGCAGAAAAGAUGGAGGAAUGUGAGAUUUCGGACACUGAGAUAACCAAGCUUACAGAGUUCCAGGGUGAGGCUUCAGAUGUCAUCAGUCAGGACGAUGAGGACGAAGUGGAGGAACUGCAAAACAGUCUACGGGAGGUUAUCCAGGACCAUUCUGUGAAGCCCAAACUCCAGUGCCUGAUGGUGGAUCCUUCAUUCUCCAUGGUGACUGUCCAGAGCGAGGACAGUGGUAUAGUGUGGGAGACAGCAUCUAGCCGCUGCUCUACUCCUUGGGCCUCUGAGACCAGCUCCAUCUCGGAAGCCUGCAACAUGGAAGGGUCUGGAUCUGCCGGGAAAAUCACCAUCAUCUUUGAUGAGGACAAAGUCGUUCGCAGAAGAACGAGGUCAGGAAGAAGCAGCAGAUUGAGGGACAGACUGACCAGAACUGGCACUUCAAGAUCAGCCUCAGCUCUGGGAGUGGAGAGACCCGAGAUGGCAGAAGUGUCGCUUCCCAAUGUCAAAGAACAUCGGAAUGGAGCAGAGACAGAUUUGGAAGAGAUCAGAAACAGAGAUCAGCAGUUGUUUAGUUUGAUUUCAGAGGGGUACGAGAUUCUUAACAUCAGAGUCCCAUCCAAACUUCCCACAGUUGAUGAAGAGGAGAGCACAGAACUUCAGGACAACUUGACUUACUUAGACGAGACUCCCAAGAUCAGAUCUCGAUCCCACCUCAACAAAACCACCCAGAACAAUAGCCCUUCCGAAGAGGUGAAAAUACAGGAGUCUAUUGAGCAACAGUCCACAAAUGAAGACACUCUGUCUUCGCUGGACACUGAGCUCAAACACACAUCUAUACCACAAGACGGCUCCAAAGACAUUGAUUACUUUGAGAAGUUUACCCUGGUGGAUGAGGUGGUUCCGGGACAAAAGUCUCCAGAACUUAAGGAGCAGGUGGAAGAACCAUUGCUGGAAUGCACAGUGGAGUCAAUGCCUGCAAAGGUAGACAAAGACAAUCCAUCAGAGUCAGAGGACUCAUUCGUCAUGGUGACAGAAGUCGAGAUAGUUGGUGAACACCUGGACGAGGUCUUCUAUGGAGAAGGAGCUCCUGCAAACGCAAUGCAGCAAAAAGUGGACGAGGAAGUAAAAGGUUCCAGAGUGAGAAGAGACAGUCAGAGAUCCAUGAAGGAGAGCGGCUCGGUAUUGUUUGGAAGUGAAGAAACCACACUCACGCCUAUUUAUAUCUCCCCUGGACCCCCUAAGAUAAUUGAUCCCAUUCUGCUGGAAGAACCCACCGCCAUGUCCUUCAUGUACUCUGACCUUUAUGAGGAUGCUGUAGGUGAGAAGAGAAAGAGUGAUGAGGAAUACUCCGAGGUAGAGAGUGUGGCAUCUGAGAAAUCUUUUAAGAAAUGUUUUUCAGAUUCAGAGGAGGCAGAGGGAUACCUGGAAAAGUUCAUUUUGAAAGAUGAUACCCCUACUGUGGACAUUCCAGUGGAUGCAGUGGAGGAUAAAGGAGACAGGAGGCUGAUAUGGUCUCAGAGUAAGUUUGAAAUGACAGGCUGUCUUACAAGAGCUGUGGAAGAGGAACAAGACAAGGACAAGGCAGAGGAUUCAAAACAAGUUGUCAACACUGAAGUAGUAAAAGAUUCAGACGCACCAAAGUCAAAAGAGCAUGGUCCAGAAAAGGCAGGCAAAGAAGUACAUCACUCUGAGGAUAGUGAAGAACAACUUGCUCAUAGAGAUUUAAUUCAUGAAGAUAGUCUGAAGAAGGAAGAGGGGCAGGCGACGGAUCAAAUUCCUGACUCUAAGAUUGUAACGGUAGAGACAACAUAUGAACACCAAAGAAAUGAUCACGUUAAUGAUCAAAGUCAAAGUAAAACACAAGAGAAGCCUCAGACUCAUGCUGUGCCGGAGCAGAAACCUGAUAUUUCACCGACUGUAACUGAUCUCCUUCAAAGCGAAGACACAGUGGGGGACACCUAUGAGACAGAAGUAGUUAUUGAUAAGGACAUCCUGGAGGAGAUCCUAGCAGAAGGAGCAGACAGAAAUAUGGAGGCUUUAAAAGUGACACUAGAAGAGAAAUAUAAGAAAAUGGAGCUUGAUCCCAAGGAACCUGCAGUUGAGGGCUUUACUGAUUGUGAACCCAUGGUGCAUGCAGUUGUGAAAAUAACUGAGAAGACUGCUGAUGAAAACCUGACCCAGACUAAGGUCCAAAUUGAUCUUCAGGAGGUAACAAGUACUCCUCAAAAAGAAACGCUCACACAAAACGUUUCAGUGCCCGAGUCGGUUUGUUUUGCGCCUGACACAGAGUUGGAGGUCAUAACCAAAAUGGAUGAACAAGAGGCCGAUUCAAGUAACACACAACAGGAAAUGAAUGCACAUGAGUACCAGAUCCCUUCAAAAGACAACAAAGCUGACACUUUGAAGACCGAAAGAGACGAUGACUUGAUUGUCCUUGUUCCCAAAGGUCAAGCUGUGGAGAUGGAUAUAGACAUGAGUCCAAGCUCAGAGAGGAUAACCAAAUGUGAAACAGUAAAUCUCCUUGAUCCAGACACAGAAUAUGAACAAAUAACUAAAUCUGAUCACCACACCAUAGAAACGCUAGCAGUGCCUCAGCCGGAAGAACCAAUUGGAAAGUCUGAAUAUUUGAACAGUACGCCUUCACCUACACCUUCACUAGAAAAGGCAGGGAAAGAUGAGCUGGAGGCCAAGGAGGACAAAGAUGAUCUUUUUUCCCCUCUGAGGAGUUUUGCCCCACAAGAAGAUUUAUCUCUGACCCAGGAAGAGAACCUUCAAUCAGAUGCUGCAGGCAAAGAAGAAAAUGGAGAAGUUGCAAUAGAAAGAGAAAUGAGCCCAGAGACCGAUUUUUACAUAGAGUCCGAGGGCAAAACUAAAGCUCAAGAUGAGAUAUCUGAAGAUAUUCCAGAGUUGACAUUUGAGAUUAUAACCGAACUGGACACCAGCGAGCAAACGGAACUUGGAGGAUGGGAAGAUGUACAGGAACCAGUGUUGGUGUCGGUUCAGGAGGUUGAGGAAGAGAGAGAUGUGAAAGACUUUCAGGACGAGGAGCUCAUUGAGGCCGAUUAUGACAUCAUUGAUGCUGAGGAGCAGCUUCACGCCAGACUGGCUGCUGAGCUACAAGGCAUGGAUUGGUUCUGUCUCACCUGUCAGUCUUUGCUGUCUAAGGAAGACUGUGAUUCUGGUGACCAUGAUGGCCAUGAGGUGACUGCAGUGGACAAAGCCUUUGAGGAUGUCAAGGAGCGACUCAGUGACUGGAUCUCAGAGCUACAGGGGAGGUCUGAGAACAUCGAGGACCUGGUAUCUGAACUGGAGUUGGCCUACCACUCUGUGGAGCACCAGUGCGUUGAGAGCGAGGCAGCCAUGCAGGCACAGAAUGACGAGAUGAUGGCCUUGGUGAUGCAGCAGUAUAACGACAUGUCUGUCAACAUGGAAGAGGAGAAGAAGGCCAAGCUGGAGCAGCUCUACGAUCAGAUUGUCUCCUUUCAGGAAAGCAUCGAUUCAGCCAAGGCCACCCUGGAGACUACAGCCAGAGAGGCUGACGCCGAAGCUCGGACUCCUGACGACAUUCAUGCAAGGCUUAAAGCAGCUCUGGAGUCAACCAUGUCCCUGGAAUUGGGCUCCAAGGGAUUACUGGUAUUUGAAGAUUACGCCAAAGGCAACGCCUCUAGCCCGCAGCUGGCGCAACGAAAGGGAAUUCCAGUCCCUCAGAGGCCCAUCCUGGAGCCCCAGGAGGCUGGAUUGGCCACUAGCACUAGUGUCACUGUUUACUGGAGGGUCAAUCCCGGAGACAUCAUUGACUGCUUCCAGGUCUACUGCAUGGAAGACCCACAAGGAGCUGUGUCUGAGGAGUACCGUGUGACUGUGAAGGAAAGUUACUGUAACCUGGAGGAGCUGGAGCCUGAUAAGUCUUACAAGGUGUGGGUCAUGGCUGUCAACUACACGGGCUGCUCUCUGCCUAGCGAGAGGCGCGUCUUCACCACAGCACCGUCAGUACCAGUAAUUGAUAGCGAACGCUGCACCGUCACGUGGGACUCAGCCAAGCUCAGAUGGAGUCCGGCAACACAAAACCCUGGACAGAGUUUCAUCCUGGAGUACUGUCGCCAGUAUGAGCUGGAAGGAGACGGGCUUAGAUCGAUAGCAGGCAUAAAAAGCUGUGAACAUGGAGUUUUGCUGCAACCAAAUGAGAAUUAUCUGUUUUACGUCAAAGCUGUGAAUGAAGCUGGAGUCAGUGAACAAAGUGAAGCUGCUCUCAUUUCAACUAAAGGAACUAGAUUUCACCUGCUAAAAGCUUCAGCUCAUCCAGCUCUGGAGCUGUCAGAAGACCAAACCUCUGUUUCCUUGUCAAAAGAUGUUUAUGAGCAUGUGUCAUCCACAGAAAAACAGCCUCCAUUCAUCUUAGGUGAGUUAUUGCCAGCGAGAGGACACCACUACUGGGAGACCACAGUGUCAGAAUGUCCAGCUUACAGACUUGGAGUAGCACACAUCUCAGCCCAAAGAAAAUGCUUCCUGGGUGAAAACAAGCUGUCAUGGUGUUUACAGUGCAUCCCAUCACCAUCUGGUUGCAGGUAUCAAAUGAUCCACGGUGCAACUCAGUCCAGCAUGUUUGUCAUAGAGUCGCCUGAACGGGUGGGUACGCUCCUGGACUACCAGCUGGGUCGUCUAUGUUUCUAUAAUGCCCAAACGGGUCAAGCGUUGGGGUCAUUCAGGCACAGCCUCACCGGACCGUGUCACCCUGUUCUGGCCCUGGAAACGCCGGGUCGGCUAGAGGUCGGAUUUGUGCCGGAAUUGCCUGAGUUUGUCCGAGGCUGCUAGGCCGCAAACACACAUCAGUGUCAUUGGAGUUAAUGUCAGGAGGUUGUUGACUUUAAACAUACAGUGGUACCUCGACUUACGAUCGCAUCGACAUACGAUCAUUUCCGACGUGAAAUUUGACUCAUUUGUCUCGACAUAUGACGACAAGCUCGAAUUACAACGAUAUAUGACAGCGUCACAAUUUCAGUGUUUUACCGCACGGUGGAUUUUCUUGUGAGAGAAAUCAACAUAGGUCCCAAGAAGGUUAGUGCAGGUGGUGAAAAAAAGGAAAAAGGUGACGCUUACUAUUGAAAUUACGAAGCAAAUGAUAGAAAAAUAUGAGCGUAGUGUGUGCAUCAGUGAGCUAGCUUGACAAUAUGGCCGGAAUACUGUGUGUCUACGAUCUCGAGGACGAUUCUCAUUAUUAUUGUAACAUUGGCAAGGACGUCGCCAGCUUUGUCAGGUCUUUAAUCAUUUAUUUCAGAACUUGUGCAACACAACACAGCUACAGUCCGCCUUAGCCGACGCCAACAACAGAGUAAUAACUUCCCACUCUUCUGCACCUCUGUCACUCUUAGCGAACAGUUCGCACAGAAUAGGAUGCCAGCAUACUCACACUCACCAGUGAUUCACACAAAUACUGGUACACCUCACAUGGCUGAAUUGUGUACACUCCACCCCUCCCAGUCACUCAUCUUUCUGACUCUCCCCCUUCUUCGUUUUUCCUUGGUCAUCAGGCCCCCCCCACAUGGUGUCAACUGAAAAUACAACUGGCUAAUGAUAGAACCAACAUAUUCAUAGUUAGUGUAGGCGAUCAAUGUAUUUCUUGUUGUUGUUUGUACUUCUUCUGUCUCUCUCCUUCUUUUCUUCUGUCCCCCCAUAACUUCUUCCUGUUCGCUGUUUUCUACUAAUAAAUGAGGCAUGUUGAAUGAUCACAAUGGGAGUAUGUCAUACUCACAUGUGAUACAUUAAAACUGUUCAGGCUAAUCGGACACUUAGAUUUCCAUUUUCCGUGUUAGGCAGCUGAACAGGAUAUGUUGAGAGAAGAAAAAAAAAGUUAUACCUUCCCACUCUUUUGCACCUCUGUCACUCUCGUCAGUCACGGUGCGUUCAGGAACAACAUGCAAAACACAACUGCCAAAUUAGAACCAGAUUCGUUACAUUAUUAUUAUUACAAUUUGUAUUUAUAAUUUGUUUUGCUAUUUAUAAUUGUACCUGCAGUAACUUUUUCUUGGGGGUGGGGGUCCAAUGUAUUCAUUCAGAUUCAACAGCAUUGGAGAUACAUACUGUAAAUUUGUAUGUAGAGGUACCACUGUAUGUGAAUUUCACAGUUUUAUUAAAAUAUAUGGUCAAGCUGUACAUUCAAAGGAUGCAAAGGAAUCAAUCCACCUUUUAACAAUGUUUAAACAUUUGUAAAUAUCUGUUAUAUUGAUGACGCCAAACUCAAAGAUAUCAAAUGCAAUAUAGGGAUAUAAAGUUCUGCCCAAAAGUAUUGGCACCCCUGCAAUUCUGUCAGAUAAUGCUCAAUUUCUCCCAGAAAAUGAUUGCAAUUACACAUGCUUUGGUAAAAUCUUCAUGGAUCUUGCUUGCAAUGAAAAAACACAGAAGAGAAUGGGGGAAAAAUCAUUAUCAUUUUACACAAAACUCCACAAACGUACACAAACCCUUUUUAAAAAAUCAUGUGAUGCUUCUCUAAUUUGUGUAAUUAACAGCACCUGUUAAUUACCUGUGGCACAUAACAGGUGGUGGCAAUAACUAAAUCACAAUUGCAUCCAGUUAAAAUGGAUUAAAGUUGACUUAACAUGUGUCCUUCUGUGUACCACACUGAGUAUGGAGAAAAGAAAGAAGACCAAAGAACUGUCUUAGGACUUGAGAAGCAAAAUUGUGAGGAAGCAUGGGUAAUCUCAAGGCUACAAGUCCAUCUCCAAAGACCUGAAUGUUCCUGUGUCUACCGUGCGCAGUGUCAUCAGUAAGUGUAAAGCCCACUGCACUGUGGGUAACCUCCCUAGAUGUGGACAGAAAAGAAAAAUUGUGCAGAUGGUGGAUAAAGAACUUCGACUAACAGCCAAACAAGUUCAAGCUGUCCAGCAGUCCGAGGGUAAAAGAGUGUCAAUCCGUACUGUCCGUCGGCGUCUGAACGAAAAGGGACUUUAUGGUAGGAUACCCAGGAAGACCCUACUUCAGACCCAGAGACAUAAAAAAGCCUGGCUGGAGUUUGCCAAAACUUACCUGAGAAAGCCAAAAACGUUUCAGAAGAAAAAAGUAGAGCUUUUGGGGAAAAUGCAUCAACAUAGAGUUUACAUGAAAAAAAAAAAAAACAGGCCUUCAAAGAAAAGAACACAGUCCCCACAGUCAAACAUGGCGGAGGUUCCCUGAUGUUUUGGGGUUGCUUUGCUGCCUCUGGCACUGGACUGCUUGACCGUGUGCACGGCAUUAUGAAGUCUGAAGACUACCAACGAAUUUUGCAGCUUAAUGUAGGGCUCAGUGUGAGAAAGCUGGGUCUCCUUCAGAGGUCAUGGGUCUUCCAGCAGGACAGUGAACCAAAAAAACACUUCAAAGAGCACUAGAAAAUGGUUUGAGAGAAAGCACUGGAGACUUCUAAAGUGGCCAGCAAUGAGUCCAGACCCGAAUUCUAUAGAACACUUGUGGAGAGAUCUGAAAAUGGCAGUUUGGAGAAGGCACUCUUCAAAUCUCAGGUACCUGGAACAGUUGGCCAAAGAAGAAUGGUCUAAAAUUCCAGAAGAGCAUUGUAAGAAUCUCAUUGAUGGAUACUGGAAGCGGUUGUUCGCAGUUAUUUUGUCUAAAGGUUGUGCUACCAAGUAUUAGGCUUCCAAUACUUUUGUCCGGCCCAUAUUUGGAGUUUUGUGUAAAAUGAUAAAGAUUGAAUAUUUUUUUCAUUUUCUUUUGUGUUAUUUCAUUGCACGCAAAAUAAAUGAAGAUAUUACUACCAAAGCAUUUGUAAGUUAUCCAACAGAAUUGCAGGGGUGCCAAUACUUUUGGCCAGCACUGUAAAGUUCCUCUGUGUGUCCUUCACUUUUCUUGUUUGCUUUACAUUUUAGGAAGCAAGUAAGUUUUGUAGAUCUGUUUUCUGACAGCAUAACAACCUAAACAUUAGAAAAUGCAUACUUUAAAGCCCUUUAGCAGCCUAAACUAUAAUCAGUGAAUAAUACUGCAGCAUUUUGUUACUAAUUGUGAAUACACAUUUUUAUAUUAACAUUUUUGUUAACCGAUUUGAUUAGUUGUGUGUUUGUUUUUCUUAUGUUUUAUCGGAAACCUGUUUAGUUGAUUAAACAUCUUUUUGUUGUUGUUGUUUUUGUGACUAACUUUCAUCACUAGAUGGCUCCAGUACUUGCUGGAUUUUUAUUUCUGCUUCGUCCUGCAAUAUGUACACAACCAAAAAACUACUACCUAAAUACAGUGGGGCAAAUAAGUAUCUUGUC